CACUGACGUCACGAAUAGCAAGUUCUUUACUGGAAAAGUAGGACCGGAUAAAUUAAUUUCAACAAUUUCAGGUGUAUGUGUUCGUACCGUUAUUAUUAAAAAAUAACAAUGUGCACAACAAUCAGAAUUGUCUAAUAAACAUGGAGACCAUACUAAAGUUUGGCUAAUUGUAGCUAUUAGCAUUAUUAAAACUUCCAUUAUGGGAUGUGGAAGUUCCAAGGCAGUCAAAACUGACUCUGUAGCUUCAAUUGGGGACCCUACAUGCAACAGGACAGUCAGCAAUGAAAGACUAAUUGAAGUCAAUGCUAAUAAUGAGGCAGAUACAAAAGCCAACACUGUUAAGACAAAAGCUAAUGUUGAAGGGGACACAGAAAAUGUUAACACCAAUAUUGAUGUGAAUACAGAGAAUCAGACUGAUAUUGGAGCUGGAACCCCCAGUCCGAGAAAGGGUGGUAUAGUAUUUGAGGUGUCAUUUGAAAAAACCAGCAAGAUAAUAGCACACAAUCCUCCCAAAAGACUACAGAAAUUGGCUCCAUUGGCUCAUGUUCCAAAACUAACUGCUGAGAUGUUAAUAGAAAAACAACAACAAGUGGAAGAGAAGCGAAAACAAGAAUUACAGCAAAAAGUUGAGAAGUCACGUAAAAUGUCCAAACGUCAAAAAGAUCUUCUGAAGGCAAAGGAAUUUGAAAAAGCUCAACAUCAGUACAUUGAGGUUGAAGGAAAGCUGAAAUCUGCUGGUAAAAAUCGUGAACAACGUCAUGCAGAAAUUAUUGAAAAACAAAAAAGACGAGAAGAGAGGGCUAAACGAGCUCGGGAAAGGGUACAAAAGCUGAAGGAAGCUGAUACACAGGAUCUAGAGUAUGAAGUGGAGAAAGAUGAUGGAUUCAAUAAAGAUGAUGAUGUUGACUCAUGGUUAGAUGGUGGAAAUAACAAUGACAAAUCAUUAGACAGUGGAGUAUCAAGUGCAGAACAUGGGGAUAGGCUCGACUCAGGCACUGAGCGUAUUUAUUCAGGACGUGAAAGUCCACACAAGAAACUAAACCCAAGAAGUAGUGCAGAAAUGCGAGCAAGGGGCAGUGCGAGUACAGUUGAUAGUUUUGAUAACGCAUUUAUGCGACCUGGAAGUCCAGUGAAAAUAACCAAAGGAACAAAUGAUGAUUUUUUUGACAGUUGAUGAUCUUAGUCGUAUACAUGUCAGUAUUAGGGAAUCUCAAUUAAUCUACAUGUGAUCAUCAUGUGUCAGACGUGAGGAUCGAUUUUCAUAUAGUAGCACUCUAUACAGACUGUGCUAUACGAAAACAAGCGGUGCAGAUAUCACAUGCUUAAGGUGUGGAUAGUAACGGUCAUCUUUGAAUUUGAAUUUGUGAUAUUUCAUAAACUAAGGCAUGUUGG